AUGGUGAGUGGCAUGUCAGAGGAGGUGAAGCCAGAGAGCGUGUCACUGUAUCCUCUGGGUACGGCUGCUGCCCCUGAGCCAGAGCUGCUGUGUAUCUUUGGGACGGGGGACUUCGCUCUGGGCCAGCCCCUGCUCCAGACGGGCUACAGGGUGGUAUAGGGCAGCCGCAGACCUCGCAGCUGUGGCCCCUUGCCUCAGGGAGCUCAGGUGAUGAGCCACACAGCAGCAGCCCAUUCAGCCAGCUUGGUCUUUAUUUGUGUUCAUAGAGAACACUACGGAUUUCUAGAGACAAUAGCACCUCAUCUGGAAGGAAAGGUGCUGGUCGACGUCAGCAACAACCUGAAGAAAGACAUGUACCCAGAAGCCAAUGCUACUUACCUGCAAAGGCUGAUCCCUGGAGCUGCUGUGGUAAAAGGCCUUCACACACUGUCUGCCUGGGCCCUGCAGAAUGGACUUCUGGCAGGAAAACAGGUGUACCUGUGUGGGAACAGUGGAGAAGCAAAGCAGGCAGUAGCAGCAAUGGCUACCAAGCUCGGCCUCACUGUUCUGGACAGGGGGUCUCUGUCUGCGGCCAGAGAGCUGGAGGACUAUCCCCUGCGGCUGUUCCCUGAGUGGAGGCUGCCGCUCCGCGUGGCGGUCGGCCUUACUGCCUUCUUCUUCUUCUAUCUGCUCAUUAGAGAUGUUGUUUACUCAUAUGUUGAACGGGGGAAGGACACCUCCUUCAAAAUAAUGGUGUCUCUGGCCAAUAAGGUAUUUUCUAUCGUGUCUCUCAUCAUGUUGUCGCUGUGUUACCUGCCUGGUAUCAUAGCUGCCAUCCUUCAGCUCUACAGAGGGACCAAGUACAGUCAGUUCCCUGACUGGCUGAACUCCUGGAUGCUGUGCCGGAAGCAGAUGGGUCUGGUUGCACUGGGCUUUGCGUUUCUCCAUGCCAUCUACACACUGAUCAUUCCUAUUCGUUAUACUGCCAAACGCAACCUCAUCUCGCUCGUUGUGGAUGAGUUGAAGGAAAACAAAACCACCCCAUUUUUCUUUGAUAACACAAAGGCCUGGGGCACAGACUCGUUUUAUGCGCUGGGAAUCCUGGGCUUCUUUCUUUAUGUCCUGCUAGGAAUAACAUCCCUGCCCUCGGUGGGAGGCUCACUCAGCUGGAGAGAGUUCAGCUUCAUUCAGUCUAAGCUGGGCCACCUGACACUGUUCAUAUGCACGGCGCAUGGAUAUAUAUACGGCUGGAAGAAAUUUCUUCUUCCCUCUACCUACAAAUGGUACACUCCUCCAGGUUACAUGCUCAGUCUGAUUGUACCUUCUGUGGUGCUGGUCCUCAAGGUGCUGCUCCUCCUGCCCUGUGUGGACCACACCCUCACCCGCAUUCGACAGGGCUGGGAGAGGACCCGAUCAAGGGAGGAGAUCGUUGAGGGCAAAGUCAUCAAAUUCUGA